AAGGAAGCGCGUUCACUGCUCUCUGAACGGAGGGGGAUACAAUUGGGUGCAUGGUGUAAACAUGGAAUAAAAAACAAAAACCCCACAAGGCUGCAUUUCCAUUUUGCGUCGCGCUGUGUCCAUUAUCGGCCGUUAAUAUUACAUGAGGUGCUGACUAACAACAGCGCGUCUGUCUGGACGACAAAGGGGCGAGAGGCAUAAAGUGUGGAAUUGAAGCCAAGAGCGGAGGAGGAGAGGAGAAGAGAGGAAAGGAGGAGAGGAGUUGAGCAUUGUUUCAUCCUCGCUUCAAAGGUUUCUGGAGUUGUUCUCUGAUUUCGGACCGAAUCCGCUUCAUCCAGACGCGAUGUUGGGUUCUUCAAGCUGACCAACAACGACUGAUUGGGGAUUUUCCUGUGUUCAUUUCAUCUGGGUUUUUUUUUGUUUGUUUGUUUUCUUUGAUUCUGUAUGUGGACUCGAGUAUGAAGAAGGAACAACACGCUAAUAUGUUGCAUCUCUGAGGUAAACAAGUCCCAAUGGGGGAGGCCUGCUGAACCACACAUCCCCACACUCCCUUCCUUUGAUCCCUCACCCCACACUGCCUCGAACACCUUAUCUUGAGCCACCAUGACUUCCACCAGCCAAAUGUUUGGUUUGGCGGAGCUGGGGCUGAGGUGUGACCAGGAGAUUGAGAGGAAAUAUGAGAUCGUGCCAUCGGUGGUCUGCUCCAUGUGCUGCCUCUUUGGAAUCAUCUACUGCUUCUUUGGCUACAGAUGCUUCAAGGCCGUGUUGUUCCUCACAGGCCUAAUGUUUGGCUCUGUGGUCAUCUUCAUGCUGUGCUACAAGGAGAGGGUGAUGGACACUCAGCUGAGCGUGGAGGCCUCAGUCGGGAUCGGCCUGGGGAUCGGGACCCUGUGUGGCCUGGUGACCAUGCUGGUACGCAGCGUGGGACUGUUCAUGGUGGGCCUCCUGCUCGGCCUGCUGGUCGGCGUGGCUUCGCUGGUGGUCAUGGAGGAGUUCUACCACCCCAAAACCGUAUGGGUCCCCCUGGGCAUCCUCCUCGGCUGCGGGACAUUAUUUGCAGUCCUCACUCUUCAGUGGCAGUGCUUCUUCGUCACCUUCUCCACCGCCACGUUUGGCUCGGCCAUCAUCACUGUCACCGUGGAUUACUUCAUAGAGCUGUUUGCCUUGGUGCACUAUGUCUACGAGAGACUCCGGGUGGCACCAAAGAAGCCAGUCUGCUGGUUUACCUGGGUCAUCAUGGGAGUGUGGCCUGUCCUGGCGGUCCUCGGAGUGCUGAUCCAGUGGAAAGUCACUGCAGAGGGAUUUUCUCACACAGAGGUGGUUUUGAGCCGCCAGCAAAGGAGGAUCCAGCUCAUGCGCAUCCGACAGCGUGAAGAGAAACUAAAGAAGGAGAGGGAGAACAAGAAGAAGAAAAAGCGACCGAGCCAAAAGACCAACCUAAAGCAGAAGGGCCACAUCACCCAUCACCACCACCACCAGCAAUAUCACCAUCCAGCAGUGUCCCACGUGCAUCAUCAAACCCAGAGCUCUCAGCCUCCUAAACUCCCUCCUCCUCAGACUGAACCCGGCUACCAGCGCAAGGUCAACCCUAAAAGACGCUUCGAUGGAGAUGUGCUGUCGCCGAGCUACAUCAGGAGUUUCAGGGACAGGCAGACUGACAGGCGGGCGUACUCCCACAGUCGAAUGAUGAGCCGAUCCCGGAUGGCCGAACUUGACUAUGACUGUGGCUCUCAGGUGCCCCUCACGGCCCCUAAUGGACCCCCAGUUCGCAUAUGAUGCAGCAAAUGAGGCUCAUUUCCGUGCACACGACUGCAGAAUCUGCUCGAAAAACGAAAUGUUGUCACAGUUAGAAUAUCGAACUUUACUGUGCCGACCUAAGCGACUGCCUAUCCCAAAAGUGGGAAGGCUGAGUCUCACAUUGGUUUCCUCCUCUCAGAUAAGAGUUUGCUUAUUUAUAAGGACAGCUCGGUCCCAUUUUGUGUUUUUUUAAAUAUCAAGAAAUAAGGAACAACAACUGACUACUGUUGAAGCAAUGUGAGUCUUCUGGUACUGGACCUAUUGAGAGGACACUGGAAAAAUAACUGGACCUGUCUUGUGGGGAACAGACUGAACUGUUUGUGUCGAUCAUUUGAUUUAAGGAGAUUUCCAAUCAAAUUAUAGAGAGAAUUAAAGUGUAAAACACCAAUUUCUCCCUAAGUGGUUAGGCCAUGCAAGAUAUAACUGUAUAACUAUGGUAUUCAAGGAGUCAAUGUAAAAAUAUAUAUUGGCUUUAAGAAAGAACAUUUAAAAAAAACACACUGGAACAGAGAGGCAGCUCUUCAUUAUGUUAUUCUUUGAAAAGUUACUGAAUGAAAUCCAGACUUGGGGGCACACGUGUUGUUUUGGCUCUGAGUGCAUUGCAUUAAGCAUUUCCCAUUAAAGACAGGUUUUUUUUUAAUGUACUUCAACUCACGAGCACUCAGUGUGUCAUCGACUAUGUUGCUGCCAUUUUCCAAGGAGAAAAAUGCCCCCCCCCCAAUCGCCAACUGGACCAGAGCAGGAGACGCAUCCGUACCUCCCUCCCUGUGUCCUCUUUCCACUGACUUUAAAGCGACUGUAUGUAAAUCUGAUUCUUAGUCAUGGCUCGAAGUGCUCUCACAUUCCCUGUCCACCACUCGUCCCAAUCUAUCUGGUUCAGAAAUGCUGUUAGAACAUAAUCAAGACGUGUCUGAUACUGGUGGUGGUCCAUGUAUUUGACUGUUGACUUGAAAUGCAUUACAGAGACAAUGUCAAUAAAGUGUUUUGUGUGUGUGAGCAAAUGAGCCCAGUGACAAAUGAUGGCUCAUACCAAAUAGAGAGAGUGGGGGGGAUCACUGAUAAUGUAUGUAGUCAUGUUAUGUUCACUCUUUUCACUCAAUAUCCUCAUGAGUCAAAUGUGAAUCUCGUCAUUCUGACACGUGAACUGAUGCUAAAAAGGAGGUGAAGGUGGAAAAAAUGAAAUCUCCCUACAAACAGCGCCCUCUAAUGUUUACUACUGGACCUUAACUGUUUGUGUGUGAAUAUGUUUGUAUUGUGUGAUUUCAUUUUUUUAAAAUGAAAUCCCACAGACACGCCGUUGUUGUGCUGAGCGUCCGGGGAAGUGAGGACUUUUGUAAAGGAAGUGUUUUCAGUGCAGUUUCAGUUCCAUCUGGAAUUGAAUGUUUCUGUAAACAUGAAAUCAAAUCUAAUAUUGCAAAACACAAACGUGCAUUCCACAGCAUCGGAAACAAACUAUUUGAGUUUUGUAUGGUUCGUUUUAUACCUUAUUUUCUAAGAGUUAAAAUAGAUUCAAGAGACAAGACUUUGCUUAACGACGAAAGCACUGUACGUCUUCAUGCUGAGGUGGUUCUGGGCUUCAGCGGGCUGGGAUUUUCACUGUUACCCAUUAAUGCAUGAGAAUCCUUGUGUAACUGUUUCCAACGUGUCUGUGUUUCUGUGUGUGACUGUUAAUGUGGAAAAACAAACAAACAAGCGUCUGGUUUCCCAGGGUGCACAAAUCAUUUUCAGCACUGACUGACUGAAAUUGUGGGAAACACGGCGAGCUGAAAGUGAGCGUUAUAUUCUGAUUGUUUACAGUGACCACACUGCAACCUCUUCGGUAAUCGAAAAAAAAUAUGUGAAGUAGAACAAUAAUGAAUAUUUAACAUGACAAUAUUCAGUCCCAGUGAAUAGGUUCGUCUUCUUUUCUUUUCUUUUUUUUUUACACUGUCCAGGUAAAGGUCUUUGAAAAGGCACCUUAAAUCUUCUUUCUCCUAUUUUCAUGUAUUAUGUUAAAUCACCUUUUGUUCUGCUGUAUCACUGGAAACAAAAUCUAACCCUGUUCUAAAUCUUGGACCUUUGGUGAACAAUUCUUUUACACGUCUUCUCUAUUUGCUGAUCACUGCUGAAAAUAUGAUGGGGUAAUAAUGUCUUUAUUGUAGAUAUUGGACUGUAAAUAGUUUUUAAAUGUACAAAUAUGUGGGUUUUUUCCCCCUGUUCACACCUUGAUUGCUAAUGUUAUUUACUGUAUAUCCGGUUGGCUUUGUUUUGCCUGGGUGGUGGAUGCACUUGUUUUUUUUUUGUUCUCAUCUUGCCAUUGUGAGAUUCUGAGACGGCAAAUCAUUUUCAUACCACCCUGUUUACAUUUGUUUAUUGUUAUUAUUAUUAUUAUUAUUAUUAUUAUUGUUGUUGUUGUUGGUAUUGCGCAUGAAUUUAUAUGGACCUAAAAUAAACAUUGUGGUUCUUCA